AGUUAAGGGCCGAGCCGCGAGUCCGGCAGUCGUGUCCGAGCUGUCGCAUCCCGGAGUCCGCCUCAUCGCCGCCACCCCGGCCCGAGCUCGUCCUCGCUUCCGAAGCUCUCGCGCGCCCGACGACCGCUCGGCCCUCGCCCCGCGACCAGCACCAUGUGCGGUAUAUUUGCCUAUUUAAAUUACCAUGUUCCCCGAACAAGACGAGAAAUCUUGGAGACCCUAAUCAAAGGCCUUCAGAGACUGGAGUACAGAGGAUAUGAUUCUGCUGGUGUGGGACUUGAUGGAGGUAAUGACAAAGACUGGGAAGCCAAUGCCUGCAAAAUCCAGCUCAUUAAGAAGAAAGGAAAAGUUAAGGCCCUGGAUGAAGAAGUUCACAAACAACAAGAUAUGGACUUGGAUAUAGAAUUUGAUGUACAUCUUGGAAUAGCUCAUACCCGUUGGGCAACACAUGGAGAACCUAAUCCUGUUAAUAGUCACCCUCAACGCUCUGAUAAAAAUAAUGAAUUUAUUGUUAUUCAUAAUGGAAUCAUCACCAACUACAAAGACUUGAAAAAGUUUUUGGAAAGCAAAGGCUAUGACUUUGAAUCUGAGACAGACACAGAAACCAUUGCAAAGCUUGUCAAGUACAUGUAUGACAACUGGGAAAGCCAGGACAUCAGUUUUACUACCUUGGUGGAGAGAGUUAUCCAACAAUUGGAAGGCGCUUUUGCACUUGUGUUUAAAAGUGUUCAUUUUCCUGGGCAAGCAGUUGGCACAAGGCGAGGUAGCCCCCUCUUGAUUGGUGUGCGGAGUGAGCAUAAGCUUUCUACAGAUCACAUUCCGAUUCUGUACAGAACAGGCAAAGACAAGAAAGGAAGCUGCAAUCUCUCCCGUGUGGACAGCACGACAUGCCUUUUCCCUGUUGAGGAAAAGGCAGUUGAAUAUUACUUUGCUUCUGAUGCAAGUGCUGUGAUAGAGCACACCAAUCGUGUCAUCUUUCUCGAAGAUGACGAUGUUGCAGCAGUGGUGGAUGGCCGUCUUUCCAUCCAUCGAAUUAAACGAACUGCAGGAGACCAUCCUGGCCGAGCUGUGCAAACCCUCCAGAUGGAACUCCAGCAGAUCAUGAAGGGCAACUUUAGUUCAUUCAUGCAGAAAGAAAUUUUUGAGCAGCCAGAAUCCGUUGUGAACACAAUGAGAGGAAGAGUCAAUUUCGAUGACUAUACUGUGAAUUUGGGAGGUUUGAAAGACCACAUUAAGGAAAUCCAACGGUGUCGGCGGUUGAUUCUUAUUGCUUGUGGCACAAGUUACCACGCUGGUAUGGCAACCCGUCAGGUUCUGGAGGAGCUGACCGAGUUGCCAGUGAUGGUGGAGCUCGCUAGUGACUUCUUGGAUAGAAACACUCCAGUCUUUCGAGAUGAUGUUUGCUUUUUCAUUAGUCAAUCAGGUGAGACAGCUGACACCCUGAUGGCUCUUCGUUACUGUAAGGAGAGAGGAGCCUUAACUGUGGGGAUCACAAAUACAGUCGGCAGUUCUAUAUCAAGGGAGACAGAUUGUGGGGUUCAUAUUAAUGCUGGUCCUGAGGUUGGCGUGGCCAGUACAAAGGCGUACACCAGCCAGUUUGUGUCCCUUGUGAUGUUUGCCCUCAUGAUGUGUGAUGACAGGAUCUCCAUGCAAGAGAGGCGUAAAGAGAUCAUGCUUGGAUUAAAGCGGCUGCCAGACUUGAUUAAGGAAGUGCUGAGCAUGGAUGAUGAAAUUCAGAAGCUGGCAACAGAGCUUUACCACCAGAAGUCAGUCCUGAUAAUGGGACGAGGCUAUCAUUAUGCUACGUGUCUCGAAGGAGCCCUGAAAAUCAAGGAGAUUACUUACAUGCACUCUGAAGGCAUCCUUGCUGGUGAGCUAAAGCACGGCCCUCUGGCCUUGGUGGACAAGUUGAUGCCUGUCAUCAUGAUCAUCAUGCGGGACCACACUUAUGCCAAGUGCCAGAACGCUCUACAGCAGGUGGUUGCACGGCAGGGGCGUCCUGUCGUGAUCUGUGAUAAGGAAGAUACUGAGACCAUUAAGAACACAAAAAGGACAAUCAAGGUGCCCCACUCAGUGGACUGCUUGCAGGGCAUUCUCAGUGUGAUCCCUUUACAGCUGCUGGCUUUCCAUCUGGCUGUGCUGAGAGGCUACGAUGUUGAUUUCCCACGGAAUCUUGCCAAAUCUGUAACUGUAGAGUAAAAGGCAUCUGAAACUUAAGACAGUUAAGCAACAUAAGACUCCUUUUGUAUUUAAAUUUUUGAUUUAAACUGUUGCUGCCUGAAAGCCUUUUUAAGUAAAUUCUUAUUUAUGUAUCAGUUAUAAUUAUCCCACUCAAUUAAUGAUUUUUGUGCAAUUGCCUCAUUUUCAAUAAUCCAUGGGGGAGUUUGAUUAAUAGAAUUUAAAUCUAAACCUAAAAUCAGAGAGAUUUUAGCUGCAGUGUUGUUUAAAGAACUGGAUAAUGAAUUUCUUGGUCCUCCACUUAGUCAAGGAGGAUUGAUGAGGUUUUGAGAUGAUUGUUGUUUUACCAUGCCUGGAUUCAGUUAGACUGUUGAAAGACCCGUGCAUUUAAUUGGAGUACUCAAAGUCAAAAGCCAGUGUGUGCUAGUGCCUGGACACCUGCUCAAGGCUUUGCUACAUUAUUUAUAAGUAGAAGAGGCUGUGGUUUAUUUUGAAGCUCAUCUCUGUCUUGUUUUUAAAUCAAACUCUACACCUAAAAAACCUGGUGAGAUUUGUAUCUAAGUUCAGUUAAAUUGGUCUAAACAUGGCUGUCAUCUCUAGGUUGAGGGAAUGUAGGGGGUGUGUGUUACAACUGUGUCCCCCACACUUGACUAGAAGACCAUGCAGAGUUUUGUAGCACUACAAAUCUGAACUGCUUUAGACACUGACAGUGUGGCUGGACAUUUGCAGGUAGGACAUGGACAUCCUACUCCUGUUUCUUCAUCUCCUAAGAGAGGUUUGCAUUUCCUUGAAGCUGUAGAGCUUAAUUAAAAACAAAAACAAAAAACUACUGUUGAAUGACAUACUUUGUUUCCUUUGAAAUCACAGCACAGAGUUGCUAUCAAGUGUCUCAAAUUGGUAUUGGCAUGUUCAGUACUCUCCAGCUUUGUCCCACGAGUUUCCUGCAGGUUAAUUUUAAUUCCUUCCCUGCCUUUUUGCAGCAAAGUAUCCCUUGGUGCCAGUUUGGAGGUUCUUUUUGAUUCCUUGUGAGAUUUGCACACUUUCACUGGUCAUUAGAUCUUCAAUGUAUGUUGUAGAUGAGGCUUCGAACAUCACAUACUUUCCACUGUGGAAUGACAUGAAAUUUAGGGUUGCUUUCCUUUGUGUUGUCUUGACUCCUGUUUAGGAAUGAAUGCAAUAUAAGUAAGUGAUGUUGACAUGCCUUCACACUGAUAGUGUCAGAAAUGGGUGUCAACAAUUGGGAUAAAGUAUUUAAAAUAGAGCAUUGUUUAACACCCCAAAACUGUGUGGAAUAAUUUCUUCAUGGAUCUAUUUGGGUCAGAUCAUGUGGGCUGUAGAGGUAUGUUAUGUUCAGUCAGGUCCAUAUCUUUCAAAAGCUUUCACUUUUACAACGUGAAAGUGAAUAGUGGAGUUGGUAGCUCACUCUUUGUGUUUGAACUUGAGAAGCAGCUCAUGCUGUGACAGAAGUGUAGGCUUCUUGUGAAGGUGGGGUGAAGACAGAGUUGAGGCGUUUGGGAAGGCAUCACUCACAUUGACAGAGACUGGAAACCUGAUUUUUUUAAAACAUAAGACAGAGCCACAGUUUCUACCCCAUGUAGCAGUGUUAGUUAUGUUUCUGUGUUCUAAUUAUUUCCAAGAUUUUGUUUAGCAUGUGUAUAAUGUCAUUUCUUAUGUUUGAUGUAAUAGCAUGGCUACAUGUGGUUGUGUGUGUUUUUUGUUGUUGGUUUUUUUCAUGUGUUGCUCUGGAGUAAAGGGUGAUGUUGGUACACUGAGACAUUGUGAAAUGAUCACCACAGUGUUCUUAGGUCAUCCAUCACCUCAGUUACAAACCCAGAGGCCUCUUGGAGCUGUUUUGAAUUUGACAGCUCAGUUCUGCUAAUCACCCUCUGUGUAAUGGAACAUUGGAACUCUCUUCUCUCGGGCUCUGACUUUGAAUCCACGCACCAGUUUCCCUUCCAUACACACUCCAAGCUAGGACAAAUCCUAAAACCAAACAGUCAAAAGCCCAAAUGAAGACCAGAGUAAUAUUUUCUAAACAAAUAUUAUUCUCUUUCCUAUCACAUUUUGCUUUCUAUCCUGGUUAAUGUAAUGAUUUUAAAUUCUUUUAUUAAGUUAAUUCUUAACAUCCCGAUACUUUAGUGAGGCAAGCCAUUGAGUAAAUGAGUAGGCCCAGUUAAAAUUGAUAUAAUACAGGACAUGGAAAUCUAAUUUUCAAAACAAAAAUACCCUGCAAAAGAGAGGCUUUCUAUAAAAGUUCUUUUGUGUAGUGUGUUUAAAGUUUAAGUUCACACAUACAUCGUUUCCUGGGAACCUUUUCCAGGCAGGGAGAACUGUGGGGCACCUGAUACAUGGCCCAGUUGAUGGCUACUUUGAAGUCAGCUUUAAAAAAGAAAAUCAUCUAUGCCAUAGGAGUAAAAAGGCUACAGAAAGUGCACUGCUUACUCUUAGUUUGUGACUGUCAGCAGCUGUGGAUGAGCACCUGCUGUGAGCAGGUUGCUGUGCUGGGCAGCAGAACUACAUCUUCAGAGCAGUUUUGUCUGUCCCUGGUGGACCUGUUUCUUGUGAAGGCACAGGUGGGAGAGUGGAAAGAUGGAGUUGGACGGAGGUGUUAAAUGCUGUGAAUGGAUUUGUUUACUUAAACAAUGGUCCACAUUUUGGAACAUGUUCAUAAGCAGCUGUCCCAGUCUGUCCAUGAUACAUGGAUCUACGGUACUAUAAAGAGUAGUAGUUAAUAACAGGCCAAGAUGAUAAGCCAUUGUAUGUCCCUGCUCCUCAGAGGGACGUCACAGGGUACUGUGCAGGAGGCUGUUAGCUCCUGCACAUGAACUUUUCUGUAUCGCGGGUUGUUUGUGAGAUGAUACAGUUAUCUGUCUCCCUUUGAGUCCAGGGCUCUUACCUGAGGAGUGGUGAAGAUGGGGGAAAGGAACCCACUUCUGGUCCCCUGUAAUACUCCUCUGAGAGUCAUUUGUCACCCUUUAGAGAAGGAGACCAGCUGAACUUUAAAACACACACUUUCAGUUGGGGGGCGGGUGUCAGUCUUUUAUCUUUUUUACAAUUAGGAUAUUCUAUAGCAAUAAAGGAAACUAAGGUAUUCUGUUUAUUAUAUACUAUAACUGGUAUGAUUUUUCUAAAAAAAAUUAAAAGCACAAUGUCAUUGGAAAGUGUUUAUUAAAAAAAUUCAUAAUUCACAUUGAAUUUAGAAAGGCCAAAGAAAUGGAAGGGAGUGGUAAAGACAUUUUGGUUCAUGACAUCCACAUGUUGUGUCUCCAAGAAUCCUAGUAGUGUUUUCAACUUGGAGACGGAUUUCACAUGACUCUGUUUACUCUCCAGUUGAAAAGUUGCAGCAUAUAAGUUGGUCUUUCUCACUGUAUUUAAAGAUUGUUAUGUAUUUCAGUAUCAUCAUAGCUUGUUGAGUCACACAUACCCUCAGAUCUGGGGUGGUGACAGAUAGUGACACUGCCAUUGGCUUCCAAUAGUAGUGUCCAUAGUGAAGCAGGACUGUUCAGUUCUGCUGUGUUAACUGUAAGUCCAUACUAGCUUGAGACUGAUUGUUGUAAAAGCCACCACAAGGCUGAGGACAUCUUAGCUAGAAAUUCUCACAUUAUCUUGUUUUCUGUACUAGUUUCCAGAGCGGGGGUAGAACUGGUCCUGUUAACUUUUUGAAUGUCCUCUGGUUGAAUGUGUUUUUCCAUUAAUAAAGUUUUGAUAUUUGUUUAAAUUAUACUUCUGUGGGACUAGGGGUUUAGAAUAAUCAUUGCUCUGUUUUGAUUUUGUAUUCUUUUAAAUGAAUGUUUAGUUUUCUGAGCCGAUGGUUAUUUCAUCCUCAUGUCCUGUUAAAUCCAGUGACUACACCGGAACUGUGAAUAAAUUACCCAAAACCUU